AUGUCUACAGUUGUAUCAAAAUCAGUCCUUGAAGUUCUUUCACUUUCACCAGAGGAAUAUAGAAAAAGAAAAGUCGCUCUUUUGACCGAUGGUUCUUAUCUUACUGAGUUCCUCUUAGAAAAAGGUUACAUUGUCCAUGGUAUUAUUCGUCGUUCUUCUUCGUUCAAUACUGGUAGACUUGAACAUUUAUACAAAGAUCAACACGACCGUCCAAAAAUGGUUCUUCAUUAUGGAGACUUGACGGAUUCAACUAAUCUUGUUCAUAUUGUUUCACAAGUACUUCCAACUGAAAUUUAUAAUCUUGGAGCUCAAUCUCAUUAUAGAAAAAGAAAAGUUGCUCUUUUGACCGGUAUUACUGGUCAAGAUGGUUCUUAUCUUACUGAAUUCCUCUUAGACAAAGGUUACAUUGUCCAUGGUAUUAUUCGUCGUUCUUCAUCAUUCAAUACUGGUAGACUUGAACAUUUAUACAAAGAUCAACAUGAACGUAAGUGUUAA